AUGGGGAUGGGAGAAAUCCUCUAUGAAUAUUGGGGAAGGUUCAAGCAGAUGUUGGCCAAAUGCCCACAACACCAAAUACCGGAUCAUGAUCUUAUUCGGUAUUUCGUGGGAGGACUCCGAAGACAAGAUAGGCAAUGGUUACACGCUGCAUGUGGAGGAUCGAUCUUAAACAAAUCUACAGCGGAAGCUUUCAAGCUCAUAGCCGACAUGGCAGAGGAAUCGAGAGAUGAGGAAGGGACUAUAGUCAGAACUACUCCGGUACCGGCUCCUUCUCCCCAAGACGAAAAGUUGGACAAGCUUUACAACAUGUUCGAGAAAUUUAUGACGAAUCAAGGAACACCCAAUCAAGGGAUUCCCAACAUUCGAAAGCCUGUGAAGCCAGGAGGAAACAACGGAGGGCAAAACCAAAAACCUUUUGAGCCCUACAGGCAGCAGUACAACAAUCAAGGAUGGAGGCGACAUGAGAACCUUAGGUACGGCAACAACAACUAUCUGGGGCCAAACCAAGGGCAGACGAGUAACCCACCACAAUACUCGCAACAACCUCAACAGGGAAGAGGAUCCUCCCUAUCAGAGCUCGUGCAUCAAAUGGCCCAACAACAAGUGAAGUUCCAGCAAGAGACCGAAAAGUUCAUAAUGGAGACGAGAGGAGGAAUGCAGAAUGUGAACUCCCAACUAUCACAUCUUGCCCAAGCAGUCGCCAGACUUGAAAGUAAACAAGGGACACUCCCAUCCCAAGUGGAGGUGAAAAAGGUGAAUGCCAUGACACUCAGAGGAGGAAAGGAGUUACCCGAGGUUGAUAAGGAGAAAAACAAAGAAAAGCCAGAGAUCAACGAGGAAGAAUUUGCCCAAGAUAGAGAGGCAAAGCGAAAGGCGACAGGGAAGGGUAAAGAGAAAUCAAGCCAGACUGAGCCCAGACUCCCCUUCCCAGACAGAAUGGCCAAGGAACAAAAGAAGAAAAAAUUAAUCGAACUGGUUAAAAUCUUCAAGAAGGUAGAGGUCAAUAUACCCCUUUUGGUCGCGCUACGCUCUAUGCCCAGAUGUGCAAAAUUUCUCAAAGAACUCUGCACUCGGAAGGUCAAAUACACGGAUGAUGCGAAAUUUCAAGUGGGCGAAUCCGUGUCCGCAGUUUUACAACGAGAUAUGCCUAUAAAAUCUGGAGAUCCUGGCAUGUUCUACAUUCCAUGUGUAAUAGGAACCAUGAAGGUGGAAAAGGCAAUGCUCGACUUAGGGGCAUCCAUCAAUGUUAUCCUACCCGAGUGGUGA